AUGUCACUUAAUAAAAGAGGUGUGGCUAUGAGUGGAGGAGGCGGAGUCACAAGACUGUCAUUCAUUCAAAUGUAUUUCAAAUGUCUCAGCAGUAAAACUUGUUUGGCUUUUGUGUGGAAAUCCCUAUCUCAUUGUUUCCCCACUUUAAAAAAAAUCAUACGGCGUGAUGUCACGUGUUUCUUUUCCCACGGUCACACGCUUGAACCCGAGGGGGUACUUUUUUUUUGUACCUGUGUCCGUGACGUCAAUAGAUUGAACUCUUCUUGGGCAUCAACGACCCGAAUGCCGAAACGCGCACGCGCACACUUCGACGCUGCAGUGCGCGGGAGCGUGCAUCAUCAGGAGAAGAGCCGCCUCUUAUUUGCACACUCUGCAGAACCGACACCAUCUGACAGAGCAGACGCGGACUGGACCGAGCGGGCCGCGGGAGCAGCCGGUGGCCGACAGGAAGCUGGUGAUUGCGGUCAAGUCGUUCGGUCGAAGGUGACAGGGAUCAAAACAUUUGAUCAGGAUGAUGAUGAGCUCGCCAUCAGACAAGAUGAAAAAAAAGUGGUCAAAGGACAGUCUCACUCUGUUGCCAUGUUUCUACUUUGUGGAGCUUCCCAUCGUGGCAUCUUCCAUGGUGUCGCUUUACUUCCUGGAAUUAACGGAUGUGGUGCGACCUCCGCAAGUCGGCUUCCGCUGUCACGACCGCGAGCUCAGCAAACCAUACGUGGAUGGAGGAGACGAAAUGAUCCCACUGCUCAUGCUGCUGAGCCUCGCCUUCGCCGGCCCAGCAGCCUCGAUCAUGCUGGUGGAGGCUUUCGUUUACUUCCUGCAGUCUCGGACCAAAGUACGCAGAGCGGAAGGGAGCAUCAAUGCCGGAGGCUGCAACUUCAACUCCUUCCUGAGGAGGACAGUUCGCUUUGCGUGCAUGUGUUCGGUCUUUGCGCAACAGCGCUAGUCACCGACAUCAUCCAGCUGUCGACGGGCUACCACGCUCCAUUCUUCCUCACCGUGUGCAAGCCGAACUACACCCACGUCGCCUGUGACAGCAACGCUUACAUCACAAAAGACAUCUGCUCCGGACAUGACUACCAUGCCAUCAUGGCUGCCAGGAAGACCUUCCCAUCCCAGCAUGCAACUCUGUCUGCCUUUGCUGCAGUGUAUGUGUCUAUGUAUUUCAACGCCACCAUUUCAAACAGCACCAAGCUGCUGAAGCCCGUCUUGGUCUUCUUCUUCGCCAUCGCCGCCGCUCUGACGGGCCUCACUCAGGUCACGCAGCAUCGCAGCCACCCUGUUGACAUCUAUGUGGGCUUCCUGAUCGGAGCGUUCAUUGCCGCCUACCUGGCUUUUCAUGCAGUGGCCAACUUUAAGUUCUCUGACAUCACUUUGGCUCCGCCUCCUCCACCCGCACUGGAGGACCCUUUACGAGUGCUGACUGAGCGAGGACACGAGUCUGUUUAUCAAAAGGGCCCCGCUUCAGCCUCUGAGAGCAACGAUGAGAUAGCAGCGACCCCUGCCCCCCUGGACUGUCGAGACAGCGUGGGGCCCCUUCAGAGGGAGGUUGCCUCCAUGGGUAGCCUGAAGAGAGCGAGUGUGGAUGUGGAGUUGCUGGCUCCUCGCAGCCCCAUGGCCAAGGAGACCAUGCUGACCUUCAGCAACACUUUGCCACGAGCCAGCAUCAGUGUCAGCGAGGGAGCACCUGGUCCGGUUCAGCACAUCCAACCGGUCCAGCCCCGGCUGAAGGCAGUCCACGUCCCAAUGGACCCGGUCUCAUCACAGCGUCUGAUGUCAGAAUGGAAGCAGAAGUCGAUGGAGAUGCGAGUCCAGAGUAUGCGGGACGAGAACGAGACCAAUGAAGACGGCUCGGCAGCGGGGACAGACGAUCGAGGUUCUCAGGGCCCCAUCUGCCUGCCUGCAUUUUCACCUGGCAAGAGCGUCUCCAGUCGCAACCCCACUCCUCCUCCGGGUGUAGCCAAAGCCAUAGCAACCCCGAGACCACCUCAGAUCCCUGAAGCAGGACCCCCACCAGUCUCACCCAAGAGUUUGCUGGCCCGCGCCAAGUGGCAGGCCAUUAGAGAGAAAACAAGCGGGGACGCGUCAGGUCGUGUCGCCGCCAACCAGCCACGUCUGAUCCAAGUGGUUGCCAUGUCCAAGCAGCAAGGCUUGCUGGGGUCCUCAUCUUCGGGUGAAAAAUCUUCAGAAACUGCUUCCACCUGCUCUGGAACUUCCUCCGCUGCCACCUCUCCACGAUACCGGCCGACCUCCGAGAAGCAGCGGGAGGGAAUCGUCACUGUGGAUGCCCACGCCACCCACCAUCCUCUCGCCCAAGCUCCAACCCCUCCACGAAGCGAGCGUCCCUGGGAGUGGGGCGGAGGAGACCUACGUGACACUUAUGACCUUAACAGCCUCCAGCGAGGAGAUUCCGCCGCUAGCGGCAGCAGCUUCCGGCCGCAUCGAUCCGGUGGUGUUCCGGAACCGGCACCGCCUCAUCCACAGUUUGAAGUGUUGACAGAUGCACAGAGGAGGGAAAUGGCGAUGAGACGCAAGACGGCGCUGGUUCUUCUGGAUCGAGAUGGUCAGCAGACUGACGAGGAAAACCAUUUCAAGAGUUUCCAAAGUCGAAGAAUGAAGGAUUAGGCCUGUGCCUUUCAAAGUAAAGGCUGGAAUGGAUUAUUAUGAUCUGAUUCUCAGAAUGUGAAGCUUCAACUGCAGUGAAACACAGUGGGCGUGGCUUAUCAACAGCCUCACGCUGAAUUACUGUGUUAACAGUGUUGUGAUAGCUCGGUUGCCUUGGUAAUGCUCAGCAUGUUUGUGUGUGUGCCUUCUGCUCUGAUUGGUGGAGGUAAAUAUUGUGUGUGUGUGUGUGUGUGUGUUUUUUGUGGCAAAAUGACAACAUGUUAAUUGUUGACGCCUUUCAUCAAUGAGCGACUUUGACUAAAAGGAGACAAAUACAGGAGAAACCCGUGAUAUUUUUGUGUAAAAAUGAAUUUGUGACACUAAUGUUGACAUUCUGACCAACGUUUAAAAUGUUGCGUAAAUCUGGCUCUUUAGCCUUUUAGCUUAGCUCAGUGACAAACCUCCCAUCCGCAAGUGAUGUCACAUUGUGGUCUUUUCAUCCAAUCAAAGAUUAGUGGUGGCUUUCAGUGGUGACAGGAUGCCAUGACUUUGAACACAUCUUUAAAAAAAACAAAAAAAGAUUUAUUGUUGACGUGAGCAGACAGCAAUGUUUCAAUGUGAAAAAUUUUAUUGAAUGUAAACACAUGCUGCAUGUUACCGUCAAAUAUCAAAUAAAAUGUCUUCUUCACUUUACAAUACAAUUGUUCUGUGGGAUUUCUCUUCACAAAGGAAAUAUUACUACUACUACUAC